CCUACAUCUACCAAGUUAGACCUCACCCCUCUCCUUGACUUAAUCUUUUCCCAGGUCUAUCACUGCCCACCCAGUAUGCACCUAUUCGACGGCUCCUUUGCCAGACUAAUAUUUGUCUUGCUAUCUGCACCGGCACUGGUGCUGUCAGCCCUCACGAUUAUCAUUCCCUCGUCUAGCCUGCUCCCCAAUCCCCACGCUCUCCCGGCUGGAACACAUGCGACACUGACCACGCUUCCCUCCUCGCCCUCCUCGCCUUCUCAGCUUGCUGCAUCACUCACUCGCUUCGCAACCUUUGUCUUCGCCAAAAUUCCCGCCCAAUCGAAGCCCCAAUCCUACCUUCUGGAUAUUCGCUCUCCGGACUUCAUCUUUGCGCCUUACCGCGUUGACGUCGCCGCCGACGGAAGCGUUCUCGGCAUCUGGGAGACCUUCCGUGCCAACCCAUGGGAUAAUCGAGGUCCGGAAAAGCACGUCUUCGAUACCGCUACUGUUGCUGGGCACAAUGAGAGGAUCUCUGCUGCGAUCAAAUCCAACGUGACCGUCGAGGCUCGAGUCCUUGCCCGGAGAACUUUCUACGAGGAACGCCCCCGGUUCUCGCCCCUCGCCUUGUUUAAGAAUCCUAUGAUUCUGCUAGCUUUGGUGGCAUUAGGAUUCACGUUCGGCAUGCCCAAAUUAAUGGAAAACAUGGACCCUGAGAUGCGUGCCGAGUUUGAGAAACAAUCUCGCUCGUCUCCGAUCACGGGCGCUACACGCAAUGCGAUAACCGGUGGCGGGGCGCCCGGCAAUUUCGAUUUGGCGGGAUGGAUGGCUGGGGCUACUCCCAGAUCCGCGCCUGGUAUUGAAAGAGUAACGCCUGGUAUUGAAAGAGUAACGCCUGGUAUUGAAAGAGUAACUGCAUCAGGCAAGGAUAGUGGAGAUGCUUCCCGGAGAAGAGGGCAGGCGUGAGGGCUUUUCAGGGUUAUAUCGCUGAUGAUACAGCCUGGGAAGUGAUUUGCUGCCCGCCCUUUAUCUUACGCUCAAAUGGGGGGUAGAAACCUGGGUGUAUAGCAUGGGAGUGAAACAGAUCAUGCAAAGCUUGUUUGUCGAUUGCUCCUCGUCACGUCUGCUGGCCCAUGGAAGAUAUUAACCUGGUUUGGAGACAAUCAGAAUGCCCAAACAUGCAGUUGUUCCUGCCGAUUCCUUGGUCUAGCUAGAAACAUUAAACAGUCUUUGACAAGUG